UGGAAGGUAAUAGUUUCACAUUCAAGUACUGAUACUGAAAAAACAAAAUAACAAUGAAAUUACACAAAAGUUUUGGUAGGACUAUUAACAUGAACUUGAUUUUACUUAAGAUGCAAUAUUUAUUUACUAAUUCAUUAGACAUGCAAUUUCAUUAUUACAAUUCAAUUGCCACUGUUAAGUAUGUCCAGUCUGUAGAUGGGGAAGGACCGUUUGAAGGAACGAGAAUAACAUGUGCAUGUUUAUGUAAUUCUGACAAUACUUGUGCAUCGAUUAGCUAUAACAAAGUAUUAAAAUUGUGCUGGAAACACAACCUCGAUCCUACUAGAAAUCUUGACAAGAUACAACAAGACAACAACUGGGAUAUUUUGUACACAGGCCCAGUUGAAUUUGCACCCAAAGUUUUAAAUUAUAUUGCACCAGAAAAAAUUACUUACAAUCAAAGAGUUAAUGUUAGCUGUAUAGUUAUAGGAAAUCCAUAUCCAAGAAUUAGUAUGCUGACUACGGCUUCAGGCCGCAACUCUAUACCAACGAAUACUGGAAUAACUGUGACUAGCUUUGAAACGGAACACGAUGGUCACUACAAAUGUAUAGCCACGAACAAACAUGGUACAGACGAUCUUGUUUUUGUAUUGAAAGGCCACCCUCAGUGAACCAAAUUGAAUCAGAACAGAACAUGCUCUCUUUAAGUUUGUUGACUGAUUCGACCACAAAAGCCGAGGCAGACACGGCAAUUGUUUAAUCUGACAUUUCAGUUAUAUUCCUGAAAUUAAUUCUG